AUGAAGGGACCAUUAAAAGGAAUUAAAGUGUUGGAAUUCGAGGGACUUGCCCCAACUGUAUUUGCAGGGAUGAUUUUAGCUGAUUUUGGAGCUGAUGUCACAAUUAUAAAUAGGAAGAAAAAUGUUAAUCCUAUUGGCAUAGACACUAAAAACACUUAUUUGAAUAGAGGAAAGAAAUCAUUAGCAGCAGAUUUUAAAGACCCUUUUCAGGUUUCAGUAAUUAGGAAGAUGAUGGAGAAGACAGAUGUAGUCAUUGAUUGCUUUAGACCUGGAAAAUUAGAGCAUAUUGGAUUGGGACCAAACGAUAUUAAAAACGAUAGACUCAUUUUUGCAAGAGUGAGUGGUUUUGGCUAAACUGGACCAUUGAGAGAUUAUGCUGGUCAUGACAUAAAUUAUUUAUCUUAUAGUGGAAUAUUAGGCACUUUUAGCAAAGAAAACAGAAAUCCAGAGCCUCCAAAUAAUGUUUUAGCUGAUUUUGCAGGCGGUGGUGGUUUUGGCGUUAUUGGUAUUCUACUUGCUUUAUAUGAAAGAGAAAGAACAGGAAAAGGAUAAGUAGUUGAUGUUAGCUUGACAGACUGCGUUGGUUAUAUGAGUAGUUUCCUUCAUAAUAUGAAAAAAUUAGGUGUAUGGAAUAACCCUAGAGGUAAAAAUCUUCUCGAUGGAGGUGCUCAUUACUAUUAAACAUACAAAUGCAAAGAUGGAAAAUAUUUAGCAGUUGGUUGUAUAGAAAAUUAGUUUUAUAGAAACUUUUUGAAGGGUUUAAAUGUUGAGCAUUAAGAUGUCUUAGCCAAAAACUAAUACGAUGUCGAUGAAUACGAGCAUUUAACUGAUGAAUUCCAAAAAAUAAUUCUAAACAAAACAAGAGAUGAAUGGAUGCAAAUAUUUGAACCUUUAGAUUGUUGUGUUUCUCCUGUUUUAGAUAUGAACGAGAUGUAGAAUAAUCAGAAAGUAUAAAAAUUUAUAUUUAAGGAAUCAGAUAAACCACAUGCUUUCUAAUAUGCCCCUAGCCCUAUUCUCUCAAAUUAUUAAAAUUUAGGUAUAUUAUGGCAGAAAAAUAUUUAACUGAAUUAUUUAAUAUUAAUAUAGCAUCUGAUGCUUCAGCUCCACCAUCUAGAGGAUAGCAUACUCUUGAAGUGCUUAAAUAAUACAAUAUAUCUCAAGAAGACAUUACAAAAUUUAUUACUCCAAAAUAAAAGCUUUGAUUGCAAUGAGAUAGAAAAAAAUAAAUUAAUUAAUUUAUAAACAAAUACAUAAGUUUCUUGUAUUAAUUCAAGCUUGGUUAAAUAUUUAUUCUUAAAAUAUUUCUCAGCAUGUCAAUAAAUAAAAAUUUCUCAUUAAUCCAAAAUAUUGAUUUAAUUUUUCAACAAAGCUAACUAAUUAAAAUUUAAAUUCAAAACAAAAAAUGUGAGAUAAAAGUAAUAUUAAUUUAUAAUUUAUAUUAAAUCAAUAAUUUUCAAUAAAAUAUAAUCAAAUAAGAAAAUAUAAAUAAUAUCAUUGAAAGAUAUAACGAAAUUCAAAACAAAAAAAAAUAAAAGCUUUAAUUCUUAGAAAUAAAUUUAUUAAAUAAAUUAAUUAAUUAGCAAAUAUCUUGUAUUAAUAUGUGCUUGGUUAAAUAUUUAAAAUAUUAUUUCUAAACAAAUAAAAUACUCAAAAAGCAAAUAAACAAAUUUUUAUCAAAUGAUAAAUUUCAUUAUUUAUUUAUUGGAAAAUGUUUAAUACUUCCAUUAAGCUUACUGA